AGGGCUGUGUGCUGCAGGACUGAGCAGAGGACUGAAAGAGGAACACAAAUGGAGAACAAAGUGGAAAAGAGGGAACAGUGGACGAGGAAAAGGGAAUAUAUUCUGGCAGCAGCAGGCAAUGUGGUGGGCCUGGGCAAUGUGUGGAGAUUCCCCUACCUAUGCUAUAAGAACGGAGGAGGUGCCUUUCUGGUGCCGUAUUGUUUCUUUGCCCUGCUGUGUGGCGUGCCGCUUUACCUGAUGGAGACCGCGAUUGGUCAGUACACACAAGAGGGCGCCAUGACCUGCUGGAGCAAGCUCUGCCCCCUGGCACAGGGUGCUGGCUAUUCUUAUAUAGUGAUCCAACUUUAUUCCCGAGUCUACACCAUUAUCCUGGCUUGGGCCCUCCUCUACCUCAUCUAUUGCUUCAGAGACCCUCUGCCCUGGGCCACCUGCAACAAUCCCUGGAACACAGACAGAUGUGUGGACCUGUCCUCCUUAAACUCUACUCAAACACACAGAGGCAACCAGUCAGUAAACUGGACAUCUGGAAAUCUCACCAAGUCUUCAGUCUCUGAGUUCUGGGAGAGAGGCGUGUUGUCUAUGUCUGGGGGGAUAGAGGAGUUGGGUGGAGUGCAGUGGGAGGUGCUGCUGUGUCUCCUGGCUGUCUGGGUCGUUUGCUACUUCUGCGUUUGGAAAGGGGUCCGUUCCACAGGGAAGGUGGUGUAUUUCACGGCUGUGUUCCCCUAUGUGAUGCUGGCCAUCUUGCUGGUCAGGGGGUUGACGUUGCCGGGGGCCUGGCAGGGUGUGGUCUACUACCUGUAUCCAGAUCCUUCUCGCCUGGUGGACCUUCAGGUGUGGAUGGAGGCUUGUGCCCAGGUCCUCUUCUCCUAUGGCGUCGCAUCAGGAACCCAUAUCACAAUGAGCAGCUACAACAAAGUCACAAACAACUGUUACAGGGACAGUGUGUGGUUAUGUGUGCUCAAUAGUUGCACCAGCUUAGUUUCCGGGUUUGCAGUCUUCUCAUGUCUCGGAUUCAUGGCCGAAAAACAGGGCAUUCCCAUCGAAAAGGUCGUCACAUCAGGCCCGGGGCUAGCAUUCAUCGCUUUUCCUCAGGCUGUUGCCAUGAUGCCCGUGCCUCAGCUGUGGGCCGCCUGCUUCUUCAUUAUGCUCAUUCUGUUGGGACUGGACACUGUGUUUGCAGGUUUGGAAACGUUAACAUCAUCAAUGAUUGACAUGUUCCCUGGACAGAUGCGCAGACCUUGGCGCAGAGAAAUUAUCCUCGUAGUCUUCAGCUCUUUCACCUUCCUGUUACAGAUCACUCUCACCACACAGGGAGGAGUAUACCAGUUCGAGCUGAUUGAUUACUAUGGUGCCAAUGGGAUAUGUGUGCUAUUUGUGUCUUUGGUCCAGUGUGUGGCUGUUGGCUGGGCCUUCGGGGCUGAGAGGAUACGUGAUGCACUUGAAGACAUGACGGGACAGAGGCCGGGGGUUUUCUACACUGUGUGCUGGCGUUACGUCACCCCUCUGAUCUGCACUGUUUGCUUCAUUGGCUUCUUUCUGGAUUUCCAGCCUCUGAAAACAAGCGACGGCUCUGUGUACCCAAACUGGGCCAACAACCUGGGCUGGGCCAUAGCCUUCUCCUCUGUGGUCACAAUACCCAUCUGUGCUGUCAGCAAGUUCUACUUCACAGAGGGCUCUUUCAGACAACGUCUGUUGGUGCUGUGGCGUCCUGUUAGUGAUCCUGUUGGUCCCAAAAUAAAAGAAGAACGUUCCCUGAAUGAGACAGAAAUGAAGUCGUUGUCCGCCCCUUUCCCUGACAUGUUAUGAGUCAGGAGCCGGGGCGGACUGGGACUACAAAUCAGCCCGGGACUCUCGACCGGCCCACGUCGGUACCGCCAAGUAAAUACCGCUAGUGAAUUGUCGACAGGGGGGGGGGGGGGUGGGGUGCUAGUGACUUAUCCAACCGGCCCACAUCGUCCGACUGGCACACUUCAGUACUGGCCCAUUGGCCAGUCCGCCCCUGAUAGUAUACUGAAAUUGAAUUUACUUAAUUUUAUUAAGGUAAGUGGUUGCACGAAACAAAUUUAUUAAGUUCACUGUACUUAUUAGUUUUGAGUAAUUUCAACUUAAUCAUACUGAUAAUUUUCAGCUAAACUAUUUUGAGUCAUUUCAACCUAAUCAUACUGAUAAUUUUCAGCUAAACUAUUUUGAGUCAUUUCAACUUAAUCAUACUGAUAAUUUUCAGCCCAACUAUUUUGAGUAAUUGCAACUUAUUCAUACUGAUAAUUUUCAGCUCAACUAUGUUGAGUAGAAUUUACUCACUAAACCCAUGUUAAGUGUACUAAAAUGGAUUAUGUAACGUAACCUUUUUUCUUUUUGUACAUUCAGAUCAAUUCUAUAGUUUAAUUCCUACAUACAACAAUUAAGUUGAAUUUAAUCAAACAUUUUCAGCCAUUUUUACUAUGUUAACUUUCAAUAUAUUAAAAUAAAACAAACAUCAUAUUUGAUACAUACUCUUACUUUAUUAUCUUGUACAAAAUGACGUAACAUGAAGCAUGCGUCUUAAACAUCUUCUGAUUCGAUAAAAACAACAUGCAACUAUCAUGGCCUCCACACUUGUGUGUGUGUGUGUGUGUGUGUGUGUGUGUGUGUGUGUGUGUGUGUGUGUGUGUGUGUGUGUGUGUGUGUGUGUGUGUGUGUGUGUGUGUGUGUGUGUGUGUGUGUGUGUGUGUGUCAGGCUGCCAGGUGUCCACAAUCCAAUCACCUCUGCUAUAAGACUCCGGCCCUGACUCCUCCACUUUGCCAUAUCGUAGACUCUGUAACCACAGUCAGUCUCUAGUUUUGGAAAGUCUUCAAAUCCGAUUCCCUGUUUGACCAAAUACUUUACUAAGGAGUUGGUGGAGAGCAAAAACAGAGCUAAAAGAUAGUGAAUAUUGGACUUAUCAGAUGGACAGAAACACCAUUUCAAAUGCAUGAUCAUGUUGCUCUGUAUCAGCUCAAUGUGUACAGUAAAUAGGCAUUUCACCAUACAUUCACCAUGUG